CGCUUGCGAUUCUUGACUGAAAACCAUGGCUCUUCAACUCUACGUUUGGGGUCCGGCUCUAGACGUUCCCUCUAUCGAUCCUUCCUGUGUAGCAGUGGAAGCAUAUUUACGAGCAACCAAUGCCAAUUUUACGGUUGUCUACGCCAAUGACCCACAGCUUAGCCCAACUGGACAACUGCCGCUUUUAAAAGACGGCCCAGUAUGGGUUGCUGGAGCAAGCCGAAUUCUUUCACACCUCUCAAAGAAGGGUCAUGACGGCAAUGCAUCACUCUCUGCUGAACAAGUCGCAGAUUCGCUGGCGUAUAUUUCACUGAUAGAAGAGAAAUUAUAUGACUGCAUGCUAUUCACUUGGUACGCUGAUCAAACCAACUUCGUCAAGACUAUACGCCCCACCUAUGCGAAAUUAUUACCUUUUCCAACCCGUUAUUUUGUACCUAUUCGAUUACGAAACAACGCGAAGGCAAGGUUAGAAAAAUAUGAGGUCGAGAUCAAAGACGAUGACGAUAGUCCAUUGGCUACUUCAGAAACCGACGACCUUAAGAAGCUUAUGGAAACCGGUUGGCAUCAUAUGUACACCCUUGCUCGCGACACCUACAAAGUUUUGGAUGCUAAGUUAGGAGAAAAGGAUUACUUUUUUGGCGACGAACCGUCAACUCUCGAUUGUUUGGCAUUCGGAUAUUUGUCACUUCACAUGUAUCCUAUGCUCCCACAUCACCGUCUUCGCAUCAUUCUGACUACGGAAUAUCCACGCCUUUCAUUGUUCUGUGAUCGCUUCAAGAAGGCAUAUUUUGCUGAGCCACUCCCUCAAUCUGAAUCCGCUUCGGAAAUACCUACUCUAUGGAAAAGCUUUACCAACAGUCCCGUAGAGUUCUUUUCUUCUAUUAAGUCUAAUAUCAUUGGUCAAUCAGGAGAGGAGAAGAAGGAGGAAAAGAAGAGUGACGCUCAAUUAGACUUUGAACGCAAGCGGAUAUGGUCCAUUGCCGGUGCAGUAACUCUAUUCCUUGGAUAUAUCAUAAUGAAUGGCAUUGUGUCGAUUGAAGUAGGAGAUGAUAGUGGAGACUAUGAAGAAGACUUCGGCGACGAUGAAUAAUAUGUCAAAAAAUUAAAAUAAAGUUGUUUCCUCUCUCACCACCCAAGUGCGGGCUUUCAAUGAGCAUCUGUGAC